AUAGAUGGAUGCCAUUCUACAGAACUCCGGUGGCCGAUGGUGCAAGUGAACAGUGAGGUGUCAUUUCAUGGAGGACGUCAAGACAUACACAAGAGGUGCCAGAGAACAGUGAGGACAUUUUUGAGCCGCUGUCAACCAUUUCUGAGCAGAGCUGUUGGCAAACACUCCGAACGGUUAGGCACGGUGGUGAAAUUCAGGUCCAAUGGCUUAUAAGGAGAAUCAGCUGACCCUUCCUCUGCUGACCUCCAUCGUGGCGGCGGUGCUCGGGUCUCUCCAGAUUGGAUACCAAACAGGCAAUAUUAACGCCCCUGCCCGAGUGAUUGAAGAGUUUUUCAACACGACAUGGAGAUCCAGACACAAUCAGUCUAUUCCAGACCACAGUCUGACAUUCCUGUGGUCCCUCUCUGUUAGUAUUAAGGAUUUUGGAGCACUGCUUGGUUCACUGGGGGUCAAAGGUCUCGCUGACACUUUUGGAAGACGAAACGCAAUUCUGAUAGUGAACGCCUUAUCUGUGGUGGGUGCCUCUCUGAUGUUCAUGAGUGAAGCCACAGCAUCAUUUGAAGUGCUUAUCGUGGGUCGGCUGAUCUUUGGUUUGUUCUGUGGCCUGGUGAUGAGCCUGAACCCGCUGUACAUCCAGGGAGUUUCACCAACAAACCUCCGUGGUGCUUUUGCAACUCUGAACCAGGUCUUCUUUGCCUCUGGCAUCCUGCUGGGCAUGGUUGUGGGUUUGGAAACGGUAUUAGGUACAGAGAAAUAUUGGUCCCUGAUGUUGUCUCUGUCCCUUAUUCCUGCAACGCUCCAGUAUUUGACUCUUCCUUUUUGCCCUGAGAGCCCACGCUACCUCUUCAUCAACAGAGGCAAAGAAAAAGAUGCAGAGGCAGCCCUGAGGAGACUUCGAGGAAAUCCAGAAAUGGUGAUGAAGGAAAUGGAGGAGAUGAGAGAGGAAGCAGCGCACAGUGAAACAGGAGUGACCGUGAGGGAAUUCCUCAGAAAGCGACGCUACAGGCAGCCAAUAAUACUAGUGCUUAUCAUAAACCUGGGCAGUCAGUUAUCUGGAUUCAAUGCGAUUAUAAAUUAUUCCACAAAAAUGUUUGCCCAGUCCAAUUUUGAUGAAGCCACGUAUCUAACACUAGGGGUGGGGGCCGUUAAUGUGGCAUUCACUAUAGUAGCCUUCUUCCUGGUGGAGAGAGCAGGACGCAGGAAGUUGCUGCUUGCUGGAUUUCUAUCACUAGCAAUUUGCAACCUCCUCAUGACCAUCACGUAUUCCAUAUUGACCAUAGUUCCAUUCAUCCGUAAUAUUCAGGUGCUAGUGGUUUUCUUCCUGAUCUCAGCUUAUGAAGUGGGACCUGGGCCAAUCUCUUGGUUCAUAGCUGCAGAGCUUUUUGACCAAUCGGCUCGUCCGAUCGCUAUGGCCUUCACAAGUAUGCUUAACUGGGGAGGGAAGUUUGUACUGGCACUCCUCUUUCCACCUCUGCUGAAAAUAUGUGGGGCCUACGUCUACCUCCUCUUCAUGUGCAUGGCCCUGCUCGCCUUCACCUACACCAUGUUUCGUCUUCCUGAGACCAAGGGACGCACUUUUGAUGACAUUGCGGCUGAGUUUCGUGGAGCUGAGGGCAUACCACUACAUAACAAGACCACAUUUAACACAUUCACCUGACCGAGGCUAGUAAAUAGAGACCAUCUAUGACGCCUCUGCUAGUGUUUAUGCAAUAUAUUGAUAGUGAGAGUCAGAAACUUUAAAGAGCCACAAUUUUCUAGCCAGCAAAUGUUAACUUUCACAUGUAUUUUUGAAACAGGACAUCCUUAUAGACAAUAACGGAGAAAACACUUGCAAGACUGUAAUGUGAAACUGAUUUGUGUACUCUUACCAGAAAAAAAAAAGUAUUCAACACGUCAUUUUUUAUUUGAUUAUUUUUUUCUGGAAAAAAAUAUUUCUAAAGGAGCUGUUGACAUGCAAUUGAACCAGAUUUUGGUCAAAAUCUAAUCAAUAAGAUGUAACAAAACAAACAAACAAAAAUCUUAAGAAUUAAUUAUGUGUUAUAACAAUUAAAUAACACAAGGAGAAAGUACUGAACUGCUGAAAUCUAUUUAAUACUUUAUAUAAAGGUUUUUUUUCAUGAUUUCAGCUUAAAGAUGCCUCUCAUGAUUUUUUUUACAGACUUCAACAGCCUAAAAUGGGUUUUGACUAUCAAAUCUGAUCUUUAUUUGGUAUUUUCUAUUGGAUUCAAGUUAGGUGAUUGGCUGGGCCAUUCUACAGCUUGAUUUUCUUUCUCUGAAAGCAGUUGAGAGUUUCUUUGGCUGUGUUUUGGAUCAUUGUGUUGCUGAAAUGUCUACCCUGGUUUCAUCUUCAUCCUCCUGCUAAUGUACAUGUUGGACUGAAGCAGCUGAUAUUAAUUUACAAUAAGGAAUGGCAGAGGGUUUCUGAAAAACUUCUGAGAGGUUUCAGCUGCUGUCUGGGCUUUCACUGCCAUUCUACAUCUCCCUUUCUUCAUGUGUUCAAUACUUUUUCUCUACAUCAUUUCAUUUUGUUAGCAUAACUUAUUUUGUAAACUAAUUAGAUUUGUUUUCUCUAUAUAUGUUUGUCUUUGGUUGUUACCAACAUCUGGUGAACAUUUCAAGUCAACAGCACCUUUAGAAAUAUGUUUUCUGAGUUAAAUGGGGUCAUGUUGAAUACUUAUAUGCCCCACUGUAUAUGCAAAUAGCUGACUUUACUAGAAAACUGCAUGGAAACCCAAUGAAUUAACAAGUACUACACUGAAACUUGAGUUCUAUGUUAAAAAUAUUAUUGUAAAAUUUACAGUAACUUACUGGUGAUUAUGGUUUUAAUUAGGUGCAGUUGAUUGUAAUUAUAAAUAUAGCUGUGCUUGUAAAUUUAAAUUGUUACUGGGAACCAAAAUUGCCAGUAAGUUACUGUAAAUUGUACAGAUUUAGUUUGUUUGUUUGUUUGUUUUUACAGUGUAGGGCUGUUUAGUUUCAGCUUGUGUUAAAACAUACAUGGUUAAGGCAACAGGUUUACACACAAUUUCCUAGUAAAGUCAGCUAUUUGGGUUAAGAGUGCAGUUUUAACAUUGACAGAAAUAAUCAAACUACUUGAUAAUAAUUGUAAGAAAAAAACUUUAUAGA